GGUCCUGGUGCCACAGCCGAUUUGGGGCCACAUGCAGCCACUGGGAACUUCUGCUUGGGGGACUUCUGCUGGGCCAUAUAAGGCCCACUUCGCAGAACCUCCACCGGGCCUUUUUAAGGGCCGCCGGGGCCUCAUUUUGGGCCCACUUCUGCCUUUCUUGGGCCCUGCAGCCCGGCACUGCGGCCUGCCUCGGGCCGCCUCGUAAUCUGGGCUGCUUCUGCCAGCUUCUGCUGGGCUUCCCUUGGGCUCCGCUGCAGCGGCCCACCCAGCAUUUACCCAACCAGCGCCAGUGUCUGCAGCGGAGGAGGAGGGCUCUCCGGGAGCAUCGUCUCAGGUUUAGCGGCAGCGGGGCACUGAUACCGGCAGGCUUGCGACAUGGAUGAGCAGAAAUGUUUCACCUGUGAUUCCAGAUAUCCAUAUAAUCCCAUUUUCCAGGCUAAUAGUCACUUGAUUGAAAAUGUUAUCUCGACUUUUGAGCCCAAUCGGAAGAAGUGGUGGCAGUCUGAAAAUGGUGUUGACCAUGUUAGCAUUAGGCUGGAUCUGGAAAACUUGUUUCAGUUCAGCCACCUUAUCCUGACAUUUAAGACUUUUCGGCCUGCAGCAAUGUUGGUGGAGCGCUCUACAGAUUAUGGUCAAACCUGGAAGGUGUUUAGGUACUUUGCGCAAGACUGUGCUAUUUUGUUCCCUGACAUUCCUUCAUGGCCUGCCAGAGCAGCUGGAGAUGUUGUUUGUGAUUCAAGAUAUUCUGAUAUUGAGCCUUCAACUGAAGGAGAGGUAGUUUUCAAAGCUCUGGAUCCCAGCUUUGAAAUAGAAAAUCCUUACCUCCCAUACAUUCAAGAGCUCAUUACUUUUACAAACCUGAGAAUAAACUUUACAAAACUUCACACACUUGGGGAUACUUUACUUGGACAAAAGGAGCAUGAUCCACUGGAAAAAUACUACUAUGCGCUUUAUGAAAUGGUUGUUCGUGGAAGCUGCUUUUGCAAUGGUCAUGCUAGCCACUGUGGCCCUGCACAAAAUCUGCGGGGUGACAUUUUCCAUGAGCCUGGAAUGGUUCAUGGGAGUUGCCUCUGCGAGCACAACACAGAUGGUUUAUCCUGUGAAAGGUGUAAAGAAUUCUACAAUGAUGCUCCCUGGAGGCCAGCAGAAGUAUCACAGGAAAAUGAGUGCAAAAAAUGUGAAUGCAAUGGCCAUUCUGAAAGAUGCCACUUUGAUAUGGCAGUGUACCUUUCUACCAAUCGUAUCAGUGGUGGUGUAUGUGAAGACUGUCAGCAUAAUACAAUGGGACAACACUGUGACCAGUGCAGGCUUUUCUUUUACCAAGACCCCCAGAGAAUAAUUUCAGACCCUCAUGCAUGUAUCCCCUGCAACUGCGACCCAGAAGGUACAUUAUACAAUGGACUGUGCGAGAGCCAUACAGACCCAGUUCUUGGAACUAUUGCUGGUCAGUGCCAUUGCAAGGAAAAUGUUGAAGGCGUUCGUUGUGACACGUGCAAACCUAACUACUAUGGACUGAGCAGAAUCAAUCCUCUUGGUUGUGAGCCUUGCAACUGCAACCCUUCUGGAAGUCUGUCAUACUCAGUUUGCAAUCCAGUGACUGGAGAGUGUCUGUGCCAGCAAUUUGCCACUGGACAACAUUGCGAAGAAUGCAUUCAAGGAUACUGGGGCCUUGGGAAUAAUUUAUAUGGCUGUUCUCCAUGCAACUGUGAUAUUGGUGGUGCCCACAAUAACUUGUGCUCGCCUACAAAUGGUAAAUGUGAGUGUCUGCCUAACAUAGUGGGCCGUCAGUGUACCGAACCAGCUCCAGGAUACUUUUUCUUACCUAUGGAUUAUUAUAUAUAUGAAGCAGAAGAUGCAGCAUCACUCCCUGGAUCUUCACCUUUGAUUAAACCCACAGGUUUGCCACGGUGUGAUGAAUAUUUUCGGCAACAAGGUUAUGAUUUCACAAUUGAAAAUGGAAAAAUAAAACUGAACAAGAGUAAGAAACGAAGCAUAAGAAAAGUAACAGUUGGUCAGGAUUCAGUUCUCUUUGGCAGGACCUCUGGUCUGGACAUUGUUAUUAAAGAGCCCAUCCCUGGAAGACCUGUUACAUGGUCAGGGCCUGGUUUUGUACGUGUUCUGAAUGGAGCAGGAUUAAGAUUUAUGAUCAACAACAUCCCUUUCCUGAUGGAUUUUAACUUCAUUAUACGCUAUGAGCCUGAGUAUUUAGAAGACUGGAUAGCAAGCAUUGUUGUAAAGCCUUCUGGUACAAUGGAAAGUGAACACUGCAGGAACAAAGCAAGCCUGCAAGAGCCAUUCUCACUUACUCUGCCAUCUACAAAGAGAAUUCAAAUGCACUCUACUCCUGUCUGCCUAGAACCAGAGAUGAAAUAUUUUGUAGAUGUCUAUUUUUUCAAAUCUUCUGCUUCUGACCCAAAUACUCAGUCAUCCAUUCUAAUUGAUUCACUUGGGCUCAUUCCCAGAAUCAGUUCUGUAGAAAAUCUUUGCAACAUAAAAGAUUUAGAAGAGUACCAGCAGUAUCGCUGUAUUGAAAUAGCUUCAGAGGUUGGACCGCAUAUCCUUCCAGAAGUGUGUGCAAAACUAAUAGCAAGUCUGUCUGCCCGUAUUCACAACGGAGCAGUUCCCUGCAAGUGCCACCCACAAGGCUCAACAAGCUCUAAUUGCAAGAAACUUGGAGGCCAGUGUCAGUGCAAACCAAAUGUCAUAGGUCGUUGUUGUGAUAAAUGCUCAGCUGGAAGUCACAGCUUUGGGUCACAAGGUUGCCACCCAUGUGAGUGUCAUCCUCAAGGAUCAGUGAGUACUCUGUGUGACCAGGUGACAGGACAGUGUUCAUGCCGCCCAGAAGUAGAUGGUCAACAGUGCAGUCAGUGCCUGGCUGGAUAUUUUGGAUUUCCCCAUUGUCGGCCUUGUCCUUGCAAUGGUUUUGCAGAACUUUGUGAUCCACAGACUGGAGCUUGCUUGAACUGCAGAGCAUUUACAGUUGGAACCAACUGUGAAAGGUGCAUGGAUGGUUAUUAUGGCAAUCCACUCAAUAGAGAGCCUUGUCGCCCCUGCAUGUGUCCUGAUUCUCCUACAAGCAGUAGGUAUUUUGCACAUUCCUGUUACCAAGUGCCUGGAACUUCGCUAUUAGUCUGCAACUGUUUGGCAGGCUACUCAGGCAAUCAGUGUGACGAGUGCCCCAAUGGGUUCUAUGGCGAUCCAAAGGUAGCAGCGGGUCAGUGUCUUCCAUGCUCCUGCAAUAACAACAUUGAUGUAGCAGAUCCAGAAUCAUGUAACAAAAUUACCGGAGAAUGCUUAAAAUGCUUAUACAAUACACACGGACCAAACUGCCAGUUCUGUAAACCAGGUUACUUUGGAACAGCACUUCUUCAGAACUGUAGAAAAUGCAACUGCAACCCUUUGGGUGUGAGCCCAGCAGAAUGCCCAUCUGGAAAUGGCUUCUGCAUGUGUGACCAGACAACUGGAGUAUGCCCAUGCUUGCCUAAUGUGAUAGGCUCCAGAUGUGACCAAUGUGCUUCUGGGUACUGGAAUAUGAAUCAGAGAACAGGAUGUGACACCUGUGACUGUGACCCAAAGCACUCCCAAAAUAACCUGUGUGAUCAGUUUACAGGUCAAUGUCCAUGUAAACUGGGCUAUACUGGAAGACGUUGUGACAUUUGUGACAAAAGUUAUUUUGGUGAUCCUCUAAUCCAUUGUAUUGCAUGUAAGUGUAACAAAGACGGAACUCUGAAGCCUGAAUGUGAUAAAGAUACUGGAGUCUGUAGCUGCCGUGUUGGGGUCACUGGAAGGUUCUGUGACCAAUGUAGCCGGGGUUACAAUUAUCAGGAUUUCCCUGACUGUUCCCGCUGUCAUGUUUGUUUUGAUCAGUGGGAUAAUAUAAUUACUUGCUUAUCUCAAAGAAUCCAAAAGUUAAUGAGCUUGGCUGCAACACUAGAAGACAAGAGGAACAUGAUAUCGGGCUGUGAUAUAGACUUCAAAGGCUAUGAUGAUACAUUUUCUGAAAUAGAAAGAAUGUUAAAAAGUCCUAUCUUGUCAUCAGACAUGCUCUUGACCAUUAAGAAUGAUUAUAACGACAUUCGACAAAAAGUUUCACAAAUGUAUCUACAACCUGACUCUUUGGAUCAGUUUCCUAAUCUCAGCAGCAUGAUAGAAGACAUUUGGAAAGAUGCUGACCAGCUUUCUGUAACCCUGCAAAACAGAACUGAGCUGCAUCAUAGAAUUAAUUACAUGCACCUCCAAGAUUCCUUCAACAAAAUAAUGGACUAUUUCCAAAUAACACUGUCUGCUGGGGAGAGAAUCCAUGGAACAAAACCUAUCACAAUCUAUGCGGGGGAAACUAGGAGCAAUAUACUUGCCAUGCUAGAUGAUCUGGUCUCAAAAGGAAGCACUACAUUGGAGCAUCUGAAGACAUUCAAGACACCAGAUAUUCAAAAUCUAAAUGAAAAGAUAUGUGGGGCACCAGGAAACUUGCCUUGUGUUGUAGCAGACUGUGGUGGGGCUUUAUGUCGAGACAACCAGGGAAACAAACAUUGCGGUGGCCUAAACUGUAAUGGAGCAUUCCCCCUUUCUAAAAACGCGGUUGGAAAAGCUGGUCAAACAGCCAUGAUGUUAAAUAAUUUGUCCAAUCAAAUGCAAGGAUCUGAGAAUCAGAUUGAAAGUGUCAGGAAAAUGACAGAGGAUACCAAGAAGAAAGCCUCCCAGAUAAAUGAAGAGUUGGAGAAAAAUAAAGAUCAAAUUGAAAGGGAAGGAGAGAACACCAGGGAGUUCAUCAAGAGAGUAAAGAACUUUCUCUUAGAGGAGAGUGCCCCACCAGAAGACAUAGAGAAAGUUGCAAAUUACGUCCUGAGCAUCAACUUGCUUGGGACUCCCCAAGAUCUAAUCAAUAUUCUUGAAAAACUUCAAGGCCUCCUAACACAUUGUGAGGACUCUACAACAUAUAUGAACAAGUUAAAUAAACAAAUGGAAGAGGCACAGGAACUUUUGGUGAAGGCACAAGAAACGGAGGAAAUAGCAAAAGGUCUACCCAUACCUAAUGAAAUUAUAAACAGCUUGAAAGAAGUGGAAAGCAUCCAAGGACAAGCCAGAGAUGACUUUGCAAAGUUUAAUGAAAAAAUAAGAGAAACAAAAACAAAAAUCUCAGAGGCUGGGAACCACAUGAACAAGACAGGUGCUGGAUUACAGGAUUUUUUAGAAAAGCAAUCAGGGCUGGAAAAUGAAAUAACUUCCCUGAAAACUAAGAUGCAAAGGAGCAGGAACCAAGUAACAAAUGCAAAAUCAGAAGCAGAAGGAGCACAUAAUCAAGCCAUGGCAACUAAUAAAGAAUUUGCUAAUCUCAAAAAGGCAUAUGCAAAUUUACAAGAAAAGCUCAAAACCAAAGGCCUCCCUUUGGAAACCUUAGAGAAGCUGAAGCAGUUGAAAAAAGAGGCAGAGACACUGGCAAAAGAGACUGAAGAAAAAAUGAAAAGAAUAGCAGAUUUAGAAAAGAAGAUCCAAGAACUAAACCAGAUUAAACAAAAGAAGGCUGAUCAACUGAAACAAUUGGAAGAUCAAGUCAUAGCCAUUAAAAAUGAGAUUAUGCAACAGUCAAAUAAAUAUGCUACGUGCAAAAGUUAGGUUCUAGAAAAGUAGUAAAAUAGCGAGAAGUCAACUUAUAACUAUUUUGUAAUGAUGCACAUUGUUAUAAAUUGGAUUUUUAUUAGAACACUAAGAUGGUGCUAUAAGUUUUACUGUUAACAUAUGUACAAAUAAAGUCUUGCUUGAUUUUGUUUC